AUGGCAGCAGCCCACAAUGGAAACUUCUCCCCGGGUCGCCUUGAUCGGGACAACGCAGCAAAUGCCCCAGAGGUCGACCCGCGAUAUUUCGACAUGCACAACAAAUCACCAGACCAGGUCCAAGUCCACGUUGUUACACAAAAGAAGCUGCCAUUCGGCUGGAGCCUUUGGGCACUACUUACUCUAGCCGCCCUCAUCUCUGCUCUUUGUAUUGGCGGUGUCGUGGGUGGAAUAUUGAGCAAACAAUUGGCUGAUUGCAAAUCCUCACUAUCCCCUACCACUACUCAGACUUCGUCUCCAGAAAGCACUUCGCGUCCCGCUGCCGAGGCUGACGACACCAACGGCUACGCACCUGUUCUUGCGAAGGACAUUGUUAAUCUGACCAGGCCGGAUGAAUGUGCGAGUCCCGGAGGUCCCCAUAAGAUUCCAUCAACCGGUGGACUACUGUACACGUAUUACUGCGACUUCAAUGCACCGAGCAGCAGCGAAAUCCACGACCAGCAAAGAUUCCUGGCAUACACACUCCGCGAUUGCAUUGAUGCCUGCACGAAUAUGAAUCAGCUGGUCAAAGACGAUCAUGGCAAAAAUAAUUCCAAUAGAACCAAAUGUGAUUCUGUUGUGUUUUCAUGGGCAUUGGAAAAGUAUUCGAGGAAUCGGAACGGUAACUGCUGGCUGAAAACUGGUCGUGCAGCAGAGAAGGUGGAGUUCAUCUCCGUUGGGAAUAUCUAUGCUGAGGCACCGUAG